GGAGAGGCCCCUGGUCAGAGGGCAGUGAGGGCCACGAGUCCCUCCCGCCCUGGGAAGGAGAAGCGCAGCAGAGCUCUUGGCGAGACUGGCCUGCAGCCCUGUUUCUGUUGCUCCGCUCAGACGGUUUCCACGUGGGCCCCCCCUGCCCGGCUGCUGCUCAGGGACAGGAAGUGAGACGUUACCUCCCCAGGCUGGCUGUCCGCAGGCCACAGGGAGUGGUGGGCGUGAGAGGUGAGAGCAUGCUGGAAAGUGGGGUUGCCGUCAUCCCGGCAAGGCGCCAGGUCACUGCUCUGUUUCUCACUGCCCCCAGACUGAUGGAUGACACUGGAAGUCCAGGCCUACAGCCCUGUCUCCAACCUGAAAGAACAAACUCAAAGCCCGUCCUCGGCGAGCCACUGCCUCUGCCUUGGAGGAUGGUCCUGACAUCACCUUGCGCUCCAGCUGCUGCCUGGCCACUGUCUCCCUGGGACUCUGCAGAAGUGUCCCCUUUGUGUCCCCACUGCCACUCUGGUACCCAAGUCCGUUCACUUCCUAACAGCUGGACUGACCUUUUAUUCCUCUGUCUACAGCCUUCCGCUGCUGCCCUCCGGCCUCAGGACAGAGCCCGCAGUCCUCACCGGAGUCCGCGCCAUAGCCACCAGCCAGGCCUGCUGUCGCUCUGGCGCUCACACCCUGCCGCAGCCACACUGGCCUCUCUGCCCCUGCGCAGUGCCGAGCUCACCCUGCCUCGCUUUCCGUGCCUGCUGUUCCCCAAGAAUGCCCUUCCCAGCCUUUGCAGGCUUCAGGUCUCCGAGUGGCCUCUCUGGGAUCCAGUGCUGCCCUCACGCCCCGCACACCUGCUCUAGUCUUCUUUAUAGCACUUGUUGCCUGCAGCUGUGUCCUUUAAACACCCAUUCAUGUGGGCCAGGCCGUCGUCUGCCUUUUGCCACUCCCUCCACAGGGUCUAGGACUGUGCUCCGCACAGAGCAGGUGGCCAAAGUCCCCACGUGACGGAUGAAUGAAUGGAUGAGGCAAUGAAUCACUGUCGCCUCCUUGAUGUUCAGAUCUGAGUCAGCAGAGCCCCUCCCUUCCCCACCGCGGUCCUGCAGGUGUGUGGGUGCUGCCGGCCGCCUGGCCCCCUCCCCC